AUCACAUGUGCAACAUGGCGGUGACAAAGCGAAACCAUCGGCGUUCGGCGUCCGAAAUAAGUGAUCAUUUUCGCUUUAUCAACGAGCAAAGCGUGGAAGAUAUCACCCUAGAAUUUUUCUACAAGCCACACACACUCACCCUCCUCGUAGGUGCGCUUGCAGCCACAAUCUAUUUUGCGUUUACAAAAACAAGCGAGGUAGACACCGACAGUAACAUUCGGAAUGGCCUGUGCUGCGUGGUGUUCUUCUUUAUGCUCAUCAGCCUCUUGGCCUUUCCAAACGGGCCAUUUACAAGGCCUCAUCCUGCUGUAUGGAGAGUUGUAUUUGGAGUCAGCGUGAUGUACCUAUUAUUCUUAGUGUUUAUAUUGUUCCAAAACUACGACGACAUCCGACGAAUAAUGUUCUGGUUCUUCCCCGAUCUCGAAGCUCACCAGCCCCAUGAAAAAGAGUAUGCUGUCAACUGUUCAGAUCUGACCUUUGAACGGCUCUGGAGUCAUCUGGACUGGUUUGCCUUCUCACAUUUCUUCGGCUGGAUUGUUAAAGCAAUGAUGAUUCGCCACUGGGGUAUAUUGUGGACACUGAGCUUGACAUGGGAACUUACAGAGUUUGCAUUUAUUCACCUCUUGCCCAACUUUGCCGAGUGUUGGUGGGACGCACUCAUCCUAGAUUUCUUACUCUGCAAUGGGAUGGGCAUCUGCCUGGGACUGUACCUCUGCAAGAAGCUGGAGAUCACUACGUUUCAUUGGGACAGCAUCAGGGAUAUACGCUCAGCAUCUGGUAAAUUAAAGCGUGCUGUACUGCAGUUUACUCCAGCCAGCUGGACACAGGUUCGUUGGCUUGAUCCACAGUCAUCCUACAUGCGAGUCAUUGCCGUCUACAUCAUGAUUUUCAUCACACAGUUGGUUGAACUGAACACUUUCUUCAUCAAGCACAUCUUCCUGUUUGAACCAGAUCAUCCUCUUUGCAUCCUUCGUAUUGUCCUUGUCUGUGUGAUGGUCACUCCAGUGCUAAGGCAGUAUUAUUCAUACGUCACAGACUCAGCGUGUAAAAGAGUUGGCACCCAACUUUGGGUGUUCACGGCUGUUACGUUCAUUGAGACUCUGAUUUGCAUCAAGUGUGCCCUGGAUUUGUUUGCACAGACCAUAAUUCGCAAUGUCGUGCUCUGGCUACUUGCACAGAUGUUGUUGACAGUUGUCUGCCUUUACGGCAUUGUGCUGCAGACCAGGAAGGCUGGGAAACAGGAUGCGAACAGGACCCGAUACACCAAAAAGUGGGUGGAGAAUUCGUAUGUGGAGGAGGUGAACGGAGUCUCAGGGGGCUUGGGUCAAACACACCCCUCCUCUCCCCAUCGCUACAAUACUAGACGUCGUGGAAUGGCUGGGGGUGACAUAAACUGAAAUAAACCUCUGAAACUAGGCCAGCACCUCUUAGAUUCACAGUACAAGACUGAUGUCUUGGAUCAUAAGCUGUAAAAAAUCAUUUCACUCUCUAGUGUUCCAGAAAUAUGUACAAAAAUUGAGACACCGCCGCUUGUACAUUCAAAAUCCAAGAGAAACCUACAAGAAUAUAGUGUGCCUUUUGGCAAUAAGAUUUUGUAUGGUGACUUUUUAUAACUGUUCCGAAGUCCAUUUUUGCGAAUUUGUCGACCAUGUUGGGCAUUCUCUUGGCCUAAGAAAUAUGCUUGUUCAUUUCUUUGUGUUUUGUGGAGUGGUUUAAUCAGGUGGUGGAACGUAAGUUUUUUGGCACUACUAAAAAUUCGAAAGAGCUUGUUUGUGAUGUGAAUUAUUUCAACCUUCUCAGGACAAAUGACUCCAAAGUGGUAAGUUUUCAAAUUCCACAAUGUGGCCAGUUUUGUUUCUGAAUUCCUGCAAUCAGGGACCAACUUGUGCAGAUCUGGCAAUUUCAAUAGGAAGUGCGUGUCAGUUCUAGGAUGAUUAAGAUGUGUUAGAUUUACCCAGAGUCAGUGUUUUACCAUUGACAGAUGAGUAGAUGAAUAGUUAUCUGGAACAUUCCAUGCCAACCAUGAACCUUAAUUAAUCCCUGGGAUGUCCAACUACUUUACCUGUGUGCCAGUUUCCAUUGACAUAUCACAUUUUAUCAGUGCAAUGCGUGAUCUUCCUUGGGCUUCCUUCCAAGGCUCUUAGUGAUGGGUAUAUGAACCUGGACAUGUGUCAUCAAAACUGUAAACGUUUGCUUAUGUAGUCUAGCAUUCUGUCUAGUCAUUGGUGCUAGCUUACCCAUUGGCUCUGUUCAGGAACUGAAGAGGGCAUUAUGUGCGACCAUAUUUGGUCACAUUGCAAACAAUUUGUGAAAUCUUUGGCCAGUGUACUGUGGAAACUUCAUGUUAGACCAAAGGGAGGGGAUCUGCUGCGGCGCUUUGGUUCUAACAGUGCAAAGUGAGUGUGAUUGAUUUUCGUUAGAAUGUGCACAAAUGCAUGGCACUGAUGUGCCUGUUAAUAACAGUGUAUUCUGCUCAUUACUGUUUAGGUGCUACCACUCUGGGCUCAAAUUACUUGGAGAAAUCCAGAUUUAAGCCGAGAGAAAAAGUGCAAGUCAGAAUGUAAUCUGCUUUGACUAGCUCACAUUGAGUUCAUUAAAUGAGUUAUUGUUCAUUUAUAUUUUUUGGUUGUUACCUCGAGUACAGGCUGCUAAAAAAGUGGGUUGGUGAUGCGAUUUGUAAAAUGGCAACGAAUUAUGAACAGAUGGAUGAGAAAGUCAAUCAUUUAAGUGUAUAUAUUUAAUUAUAUCUGUGGAUGGUAUUCCACAUGACUGCUAAAUGGCAGACAAAAAGCUGGUGAUGUCUGGUAAUUUAUUUGGUCCAAUUUGACCCUUUUUCCAGAUGACAUUGUGUAGUGGAUCAUAACCAAUCAUAUUUGGUUAUUAGUGUUUCAAUGUUUAUUCAUUAGUUACUGGUGCUUUGGUCUUUGAAAACAUGCUAGGUUGUUUGCUCUUUAUGUGCUAUUCUGAUGACUGUAUACGCGAUUCUUCUUUACUGGCAGUAAAAGUCUGUAUGCUUGGUGCAAAAAGGUUUGCUUCUUGAAAUAGGAAAGAGAAAUUUUUUUUUUCUUAAAUCAUGUCUGAAAGAAAUUUUUGUAUUAAAUAUUUGCAUUGUAGGUGUGUUAAGCAUUCUUAUUUACCACAUUAAUUUCACAUUUUUUGUUUCAAACCUCUCAAAAUCCCUGGAGUUUUGAUGAUGAGGUCUACACGCAUUCAUUUCAAACUUCACAAAGCUGGUGUCAUGUGAUGUAUACUUCUGCAGUCCAAAAUACGAAAAGUUUCACAAAUGCUGUGCUCUGUACAGUUUUGCCUUUGUAGAUUAUGUGUCCCGUACUUUGUAUCUGGUUUUCAAUACCGCCAUCGACUUCUUACUAUAAAGUUUUGUCUUUCAUGUAUAUGGUAAUAAAGAAUCGUUUAGGGAUCAUUUAAGGUUUCCUCUCUGAGUUAUUUCAGGGUUAUUGCCCUUUUCUUUCCCCUGAGUGAAGAUGUUUAUUGUCUUCGUUCAAUCCUUUUUCUUCAUCAGUAAAAUGAUAUGGUAGAUGUGUAACAGUACUGAAAAAAGAUGCUGUUAUUAAGAAGUAUUGAUGUAUUGGUGUUUUGAAUAUUUCACUUAGAUCUGUGUCGUUUUGAAUAACCCUAACCCCAAGGGUGUAUGUAAAUCAUAUUGAAAUCGGAGGAUUUUGGACAGUUAGGGUUAAUAUUAAAUUAAUCUGGUUAUGAAACUGAAAUAGUACAUGGGCUCGAUGUGUUCCUGUUGCGGGCCACAUCCAAGCUUUUUCUUAUGCAAUGAGGUGGAAACAGUCGUGAUUAUUUGAACCAACCUGUGUCUACUCGUUCGCUUCUUGAUCAUGCCUAUUUCAACUCACCCCCUCUAACCCUGUCAACCCCUCCUCGUCCCUGUGCAAACCCAACCCACCCGCUGCAAUUUUCCCAUCAUAAGUCUGUUAUCAACUCAGCCUCCAAAGCCCACCCAAAAGCCAAUCUACGAGCCAUCAAUAUCUCAUCAUCUGCUUUAGUUUAAAAGUAAACUGUAUGUUUACGUUAUGUAGUUAUUUUCGAUUUGUGGACCAGGGUGAAAAUUCAGGAAACAAGACCAAAAUUUUAUGUAAAUCUUAUAAAAUGUUCGGUUUGAAAUGUACGUAUUGUAUUAAAUACAUAGGAGACAGGAUAUUCUUUACUUUUCGGCAAAACUCUUGUUUGAUAAAUCUGUAGUCAUUCCAUAAUAGUGCUUUGUCACUGUGCCAAUUUACAGAGGAAUUCAUGAUAGUGCUGCUGUUUUGGACUCUCACUGUUCCUUGUUACUUUAAUUAAUCCUGCCUGAUAAAAGGGUGAGAUUUCUCAGCUUUUUAGCUGAUUUCAGCUUUUUUGUUUUGGAUUCAAUGUUUUUCCCUCACUAGCUAUGUGCAAAAUUAUAGGAGAUCGUCACAGUUCAGUUUUAUGCCUUUUUUCAGCUGUUUUCAGCUAUUUCUAUCAUUGGUCAAUCUCACCCAUGUAAGACCCGCUUUGUAAUUAUGAUUUACACUUCUUUUGACCUUUUCUGAGAAUCAUUAGAUUGAAGUUUUUGUUUGACAGCAAAGGAAACUUUGCUCGAAGUGGACGUAACUUCAUUUUACGGAUGAUGAACUUUAUCAAAGGAUCCCCCCAAAAAACCGUGACGAAUGCAUCUUUAAAGGUACACUCUCUGUGUAAAGAAAAAUAUUAAUUUAAUUGACUUAUGGCAUCGCUGAUAUUGGUGAAGCCGAGUUGAUUCGAGAUGAAUGAUUUAUAAAUGUGUUGUAGACGUCAAAUAAACGUUAUUGUCAAUGAAA